GAUAGAUGACAUUGGCUAGACCUAGACGUUUUAAUAAUACAUUUCAUUUUCGACUUCAAGUAAAUGUUCGUGUUUAUUCGCACAGUAUCACAAUGAAUAAAUACUUACUUAUUUAAUUUUAUUUCAAAUAAAUAGUUUCAGUGUUUUAAAAGUUUUAGUGUAUUCAUAUUUUUUAAAUAAAUUAUCAAAAUGGAUAUCGAAGAGUGUUUAAAAGAAUGGGAUGAUUUAGUAGCUGACUACAAGCGAUUAGAGACUAUAAAUAAAGAUUAUACAACAAAAUUAGAGGAAAUCGGAGACCUACAAGCAUCAUGUCUGAAGGAAUUGAACCAUCAGAGAUAUCGCAUGUCGAUUAUAACGAAUGCCCUAAAGAGGAUGGAAAAGAAAGGUGUGACAAAAGACGAACGUCUUGCGAAUUUAGAAAAGGAAAUCAUGAAAAGGAAAGCACUAUUGCACGAAAUUGAAGCGACUCUCCCGAAGCAAAACAGCUUAUAUCUAAGGAUCAUACUCGGCAACGUUAACGUGUCGAUUCUAAAUAAAAAUGAUAAGUUUAAAUAUAAGGACGAAUACGAGAAAUUCAAAUUGAUACUUAGUGCGAUCGCCUUCGUUUUAGCUGUUGCAAAUCUAUGGAUUAACUUUAGGCCAUUACAAUUGAUAUUGAUAUUCCUGCUAGUCUGGUACUACUGCACGCUAACUAUUCGUGAGAGCAUAUUGAAGGUGAACGGGUCCAGGAUUAAAGGAUGGUGGAGGGUACACCAUUUUAUUUCGACUGUUGUGGCCGGAAUUCUUCUUAUUUGGCCUCAGAAUGAACCCUGGAAUGAGUUCCGACAUACAUUUAUGUGGUUUAUUGCUUAUAUCAGCGUAGUACAAUACAUGCAGUUCAGAUACCAAAGCGGAGUGUUAUACAGGCUGAAGGCAUUAGGCGCUAGACACAAUAUGGACAUUACCAUAGAAGGUUUCCACUCUUGGAUGUGGCGAGGACUCUCCUAUCUUCUACCGUUUCUGUUCGGAGGCUACAUUUUCCAACUUUACAUUGCUUACACUCUCUACAACAUUAGCUAUCAUCCAGAAGCGACAUGGCAGGUGCCAGCAUUAAGUAUGUCGUUCCUGCUUAUCGGCAUCGGAAACACGGUGACAACUCUCAUAGUGAUCCCGCAGAAACUCAACGAACAGGAUCAAAAAUGGAGGCAAAGUAAAGUGGAAACAAAAACAUCUUAGUUGGUGAAGGGUCAAUAUCUAAACGGCACUAUUUAAGAUCAAUGCAUUUAUAUCUGGUUAUUUAAACAAUAUAUUUUCAUAUAACAAAAGUAUUUGGACAGUGGGUAUUCAUGUUAUUUCUCGAUGUAAAUAUAGUUUAUUAUAUUAAACAAUACAACAUUUAUUCUUA